AUGCUACAGGACACGCUAUGGUUUAGUCGCACGUUCGCAGCCACGAAAAAAUACGAUUGCAACAUCGGUGACAUUAAUGAGACGCCGUUGGGCGUUGGAUUGAGAAAGCGAGUUCUACUUUUGCAGAAAUAUAUCCAACCGGAGGUGCCGAAAUCCUUCGCGCCGGUCCACUAUUACUGGAAAUCGGACAUACCGAUGGACAAAGAUACAACAUAUCGUCUUUCCUAUUGGGAAGAACCCACUAUGACAGUCGAGCCUAUUCGACCCGAAGACAAUCUAACGUGCGGCGAUGCGCCGAUGUCCGAUGAAACUACGCACAAGAUGACCUAUCUCGGCAAUUGGUGCGUGAAAACGGAGCCACCGAUAAUACCUUGCGAGAAAAAUUGGUUGGGUAGAGGCCCGAUGAAGGACGUUACAACGCACAAGCACGAUUAUCUGUGGAAAUGCAUGGAUCGAGCGGAACCCGUAAAGGCGCGAGAUAAUUUAUAUCCACCGUGUGCUGCUUUGUGCGAUGACACGACGUAUCGCCUGAGCUACUUUAAUUCUUCCUGCCUGCUGCCGACGGUGUCUUUCGCGCCUGUCAGGAAGUACGUCAAGUCGGAUGUGCCGAUGGAAGGUUGCACGACGUACAGGCUCAGCUAUUGGCCGAACGAAGCUCCCGUGAAAGAGGAACAGCCGUGGAGUCAGAAAGCCGAGUACUGCUGUCCGGUGACACCGAUGGAUGGCUGCACGACUUACAAGCUGAGCUACUGGCCGCACUGCGAGAAACGUCGCGAGCCCAUCCGCGCGCAGAGCUACGAGAACAUGCUGAACGCCAGCUGCUGCUUCGACGACAACACCACGUACCGGCUCAGCUAUUUCGGGUGUGGCGGUGACAAGCCGCCGGAUCCCAUUCGCCAGACGAGCAACAUGGUCUUCUCGUCGUGUCCGCUCUCUCAUGACACCGUGAAUCGACUGAGCUUCUUAGGAAAUUGGCGUGCUAAGCCGGAGUCGUCCAUUGUCCCCUGCACCAGGCAAAUGCUGGGCAAUGGUCCGAUGCAGGACGUCACCACGCAGAAGCAAGAUUACACCUGGAAGUGCACGAAGCCAUCGAUGGAACAGCGACCCGAGAACAACCUCGUCUUCUCGUCCUUGCCGUUGGAAAGUUGCACGACUCAUCGGUUGUCCUACAUACCGAACGACUUCGCGUCUCUAACUCCCCAAAAAACGUACGCACCCCUACGCAAGUACCAGCAGUCGAACAUCCCGAUGGAGUCUGAGACUACGAUGCGGCUGAGUUACCAACCCGUGGAGGCGGAUCAGGUCGAGAAGCCAUGGUCCGUGUCUCCGUCCUAUUACCCGCCCGUGAAUCCCGUGGAGGACAACACUACGUACAAUCUGAGUGUCCUCGUCGCAAGCUUGUCCCACGUCGUGGUAGCGAUGAUUCUCGGCCUGGCGGUGGCACAGGAGCCGAAUUAUCACGGACGCAACAACUAUCAGCAGGACGAAGGGCAACACGCGACUGACAGCAGGCGGCCCGCGUCCACUACGCCCAUCCCAAUCCUCCACUGGAACAAGCAGCAGGAGCACGACGGGACCUACAAGACUAGUUACGAAACGGGCAACAACAUCAUCGCCGAGGAGAGCGGCUACAUCAAGACCAUCGGCGAAGGUGAGGACCGGGCGGAGGCGAUCGUGCAGCAGGGCACCUUCUCGUACACGUCUCCCGAGGGACAGCUGAUCACCAUCACCUAUACCGCCGACGAGACCGGCUUUCACGCUCAGGGCGAUCACAUUCCCACGCCGCCCCCCGUCAGCGAGGAGAUCCAGAAAGGCCUCGACCUCAUCUACGCGGGCAUUCGUCAGCAAGAGGAGGAAGACGCCCGCGCCGCGGCCCAGAAGCCUCAGCAGCCGUUGAACCAGCAGGUCGACAGGCGGGAUGACUACGACAGGAAGUACCGACAGUGAGCGCACGCACUGCCUGUGCUCCAUCAAUACAUAUCCG